CUUUCUCUCUGUGUUGGCGUAAGCAAUGGAGCUGAAAAGCUGACGCUAUAUUUUCUCAAGAAAAACGAGAGAAAAAGGGAAGAAAAAUAAUUGGGCUUUGAAUUCAAAAGCCUUUUCAGUUUAUCGGAGCUUCUCUUUUUUUAUUUUCUUCGAUAAACUAUCCGAUUUUUUAUUUUCAAAAUCUUAGCUUUUGUGUAUAAAGAGGGAAUAAAGUUGGUAGAUUUGUUCUAGCUUUUGCAGUGCCAAGUGUUUUAAGUUGCUUGGCACAGCUUACAAAGUCUGGAGAGGGGAAACUGUAUAGAUCUAGAAAGUCUAUUAGCGAUCUACGCUUUUAUACCUUCUAAUUGGGUCGCCAGAGUUAGAUGAGCAGUUCCUCUCCAAAAGAAUGCACAGAGCAAACUGACCAAUAUCCAUUGCUAAUGGAACGUGUGGAAAACCAUAAUGAUCAAGAGCAUAUAAUUGACAUCAUGAGGCAUGGUGACGCUUCGUCAAGCAGGUCUCAUGAUGAGCAAUCUUUGGGAGUGGACUUGACACAGAGUGAAGAUAGGCCAUCAAGCAGCUUACAAACUCCAACAAAUCGGGCAUCUUUCAACUCACAAAGAUUAAACUCAAGGACUGCAUCAUUCCCGAGGAAUAGUGAUGGGUAUGGCCGUCAUCGCAGGAACCCUUUAAAUUCAGGAUUAUGGAUAUCUGUUGAGUUAGUUGUCACUCUCAGUCAGAUUAUAGCAUCCGUUGUUGUUCUAUCAUUGUCAAGAAAUGAAAAGCCACAUGCUCCAUUGUUUGCAUGGAUUGUUGGUUAUGCAGUUGGAUGUGUUGCAACACUUCCUAUUCUUUAUUGGCGCUUUCUGAACCGCAAUCGGGUUAGUGAGCAAGAUGUAUCACACUCGCAUCAAGAUUCUUCUCUUGGCAAUCCCGAUGAGUCUACAACCUAUACCCCUAUCUCAGUUACUCAUGCUUCAGAUGAGGGGAAUAAUGGGAACACUGAAUCAGCAACAGAGAACACUCAGAUUGCAGGAACCUCAAGCACAAGGCUCAAUGGAUUAGUUGAACAUUGGAAGAUGGCCCUAGAUUGUUUUUUUGCUGCGUGGUUUGUUAUUGGCAGUGUUUGGAUAUUUGGAGGUCAUGCAUCUCCUUCUGAUGCUCCUAAACUGUACAGACUAUGUGUUGUGUUCCUUACUUUUAGCUGUAUCGGAUAUGCAAUGCCAUUCAUACUAUGUGCAACCAUUUGUUGCUGCCUGCCUUGCAUAAUUACUAUCCUCGGUGCUCGGGAGGAUUAUUCAUCCACUAGAGGAGCCACCACGGAAUCUAUAAACGCAUUGCCAAUCUACAAGUUUAAAUACAAGAAAACUGGAACUGUCGAUGAUGAGGAAGAUUCAGCUGGUGAAGGCGGGAUCCUGGCUGCUGGGACAGAAAAGGAACGAGUGAUAUCAGGAGAAGAUGCGACUUGUUGCAUUUGCUUGGUAGACUACGCUGAUGAAGACGAGCUGAGGGAGCUGCCAUGCCAACAUGUCUUCCAUGUAGAGUGUGUAGAUAAGUGGUUGAAAAUCAAUGCAACUUGUCCGCUAUGUAAAAGCGAGAUUGGUGAGAGCGUCGGUGCUCCUCCAUUGGCUGGAGAGACGAAUCAAUGAAAGCGCAGGAAGAGGAUGGGCAAGGGAACACUUGAAGAGGGGACUAUCUUCAAUGCUUUUGGUGCUCAACUCCUGCUGCUGUUGCAAUUUAUGCGAUAGUUAACGUGACAUGCAAAAACCUUGAAGAGCAAUACUUGGUUCCAUGAAUUUUUGCGCUUUAAGCUCAAGUUGAAUGUCGACAAAGAGACGGUAUCCCAUGCGCCAGACUCGUAUAUGCAGUGAGUAUAUUAUGAAAAAAGGUUUGUAGUUCUAUGUAAAUAACACAUUGUUUCACAUGUUCUUUUUCCCUCAACUAUUUUUGCCACGAAAUUUGCUUUUAUUGCUC